AUGCCGAUUCAGGAAGUUCAUGGUUUUGCCCACGUUCAUGAAGCCAGCCUUCACCCGAGAUGUCAGCGUCCGAACAGCAGAACGGAGAUCGCCGUUCUCCCGGGAGAGCUUGUCGAAUUGGAGCUGCAGUGCCUGUUCCUGACGUUCGUGCUCUUGCGCAGCUCACUUGAAGUCCCGGCUGUGGUCCUUGAUCUCCUGUUCGCGCUUCUUGGUGGCGACCUCCACGGUCUCUUCCCAGCAGCGAUGUCGCGCUUGGCCUUCUGCAGUUCGACUACGAAGACCCCGAGUGUGACCCGACAACGAGUUGAGGACCUCAAGCAGCGAGACCAAGUGGUCACUGAAGCUCGUGGAGUCGACGGCAGCCUGGAUGGACAACCGACAGCCCGAAUGGAGUGCGGUUACCCCGAAUGGUGA